AUGUCAACAGUGUCAUGCCAUGAGAUGCCAACUGGUGAAUGUGAUGCUGUAGGAGGCAGUGAUGCUGCAGGAGGCAGAGACAGUGAUGCUGCAGGAGGCAGAGACAGUGAUGCUGCAGGAGGCAGAGACAGUGAUGCUGUAGGAGGCAGAGACAGUGAUGCUGCAGGAGGCAGAGACAGUGAUGCUGCAGGAGGCAGAGACAGUGAUGCUGCAGGAGGCAGAGACAGUGAUGCUGCAGGAGACAGAAACAGUGAUGCUGCAGGAGACAGAAACAGAGACAGAGACACAGAUGCUGCAGGAGACAGAGACAGUGAUGCUGCAGGAGACAGAGACAGUGAUGCUGCAGGAGACAGAGACAGUGAUGCUGCAGGAGGCAGAGACACGGAUGCUGCAGGAGACAGAGACACGGAUGCUGCAGGAGACAGAGACAGUGAUGCUGCAGGAGACAGUGAUGCUGCAGGAGACAGAGACAGUGAUGCUGCAGGAGACAGAGACACAGAUGCUGCAGGAGACAGAGACACGGAUGCUGCAGGAGACAGAGACAGUGAUGCUGCAGGAGACAGAGACAGUGAUGCUGCAGGAGACAGAGACAGUGAUGCUGCAGGAGACAGAGACAGUGAUGCUGCAGGAGGCAGAGACAGUGAUGCUGCAGGAGGCAGAGACAUUCCCUUCCUUAAAUCUAUCCAUCCCUGUCCACUCUUAUAUAAUCUAGUGUCAGGACUGAUACGUGCCGAGUUUGGUGUUUUUGUAAUGGUUCCUCCAGCAUUAGUGAGAUGGUAG